UCUUAAUGGCACCAACACACGCCGGUAAGUUUCCAAAUUUCAACCUCCAAAGCUGACCACAAUUAUAUAAACCCAUUCCCCCCAUCACCAAUUCACCACAUUCCCUCCACAAACAACACAACUACAAAAUCAGUAUCCAUGUUCUUCAAACUCGAGUAUCUACUCACAAUGCACAACCCACAACCCACCAUCAAUCUGCAGCUCAUCCCGUCAACCACGACAACGACACCGCCGCUCGUUUUCAUCGAUCGGGCAUCGAUCUUCGCCGACACAAUACACGACCUCAUCUCUCUAGUCUUCUCAUUCUUUCAAUCGCCCCCAAAAGAGAAGGCUGCACCACAAAGCAGAGCCUCGCAAUCAGAGGGCAAGGAAGAUUGGUUAAUGAGCAGAGAAGAAGUGAAAUCUGUGAUGGAAAAAUUAGAGCUUUAUUGCAACGAAGAAGAGGAUGAUGAAAUUGAUGAAUGUUUUGGAAGGGAUGAAGUAAGAGGCAUGUUUGAAGAGAAUGAACCGAGCUUGGAAGAGUUGAAGCAAACGUUCAAUGUGUUUGAUAGAAACAGAGAUGGGUUCAUUGAUGCACAGGAAUUGCACACAGUUCUGGGCCUGCUUGCCUCUAAUAAUACCAUAUUCAUCCAUGACUGCAAAUCAAUGAUAGCCAGAUUUGAUCAUAACAAUGAUCAAAAAAUUGAUUUCAAUGAGUUUGUAAAGUUUAUGGAGGUUGCCUUGUCCUAAAUUUC